UAUGCUAGAACGCGCCAAUAGGACCUCACUAGCUCGUGAUUGCCUCUGCCCACCUCCUUGCUUGUUCUGCCCACCAUGAUUAAUUUGUUCCCAUUGGAAACGACAGGCUCUUGGGUUAGUUAUACGUUCCUCCAUUCAUUGUCCAACAUGAUUUCUAUCUCCUCCUUUCUCUAAUAUCUCUGGGGUGGAUCGCUGUGACCAUAUAAAUAAAACGGAUAGACAGGUCUUGCAAAAGAGGGUCCUUCCCGACUCAACUCUGGGUGUGGUGACGGUUCUAUUAAUUUAUAUUCUGUAUCAAAGAAGCACAACAAGCUCUGUGAGGAUGAUGUGAUGGGACAACACCAACCAGGGCAGGUGAAAACCGUAAUUGUACGGGCUGAUUUAACUCUAGCUAAUUUAUAUAUUUUUUUUGGUAUAUCGAAGGCUACUUGUAUGUAUUUUUUUUAAUCAGCUAAUCUAAUGUAAUGGCGACCGAGUGCACCCAAGAAGUGGUCGUACAAUUUCUGACCGAUCGAGGAGGGAGAGUGAAAAAACAGGAAUUAAUUGACUAUUUCAAAGCUGUUUUCCCGGAAGACCCUGAACAGAAAGCAAUUGUUCGGGAGAAAUUCAAGGGAUACGUGGACAACGUCGCAUUUGUAAAAUUGGAGAAUGGAGUUAAAUGUGUAUGUUUAAAAAAUAAGUAUCGAGUGGAGAAAGACAGCGCGUGCAAUGGCAACGGGACAGGCACCUUUUUGGAACAAGAUAGCAGCACCCCUGUCCUAUCCAAAUCAUAUAAGAACUUGAUAGAAGAUUGUGCACCACAACUGCAUCUGUCAGCAUCUUCUGCUGGGGGUGUGCGCUCUUGGGAAACCACAGCAAACGACGCACAACAAGACAUUUCACCUGGCUCGGGUUACGGAACUGACAAUGCCGCAGGAGUGAGACCGCCUGACAUUUCAGGAAUUAUAUUGGAAGGUAACAUUUUAGAAAGAGCUGCGUCAACAAGGUUUGUAGUUCAGAAUAAUAGUUUAUCAGACAUUAUGGGAAAUGCGUUAGGCCUUGGUGGCAAUGGAGAGCAGAAAUUGACCAAGGAGGACAUACAGACAUUGCAACCGCACGACAUACCGCAAAUUGCAGUGAUUGAGACGUCACCUUUACCUACAGCCGCGGAUGGCUCUAUGUUCCACUUACCCGGACGUCCAUUCCCAAAUAAUGCACAGUACAGCCUGCUGUCCAAUCACCCUUCAUCAGAGCACGGGGCAGAUGAAGGCCAUAAUUAUGAUUCGCUACUGAGCAAAUCAGGGAGUGACAGCAACACACCUAAAGGUAGCCAUAAUAACGUUAUUGAGCUCAUGAUGAACAGCUCCCCCCAGGUGCGACGCAGCAUGGUGUUGAGGAACUCCGUCUACCUGUCUGCAAAGUACAGGGACUGUACCCGGAGCGACAGUGACUCUGCCUCUGUGGCUUCAGUCACUCUGGACCCAUUGGAACACGAAUGGAUGAUGUGUGCAUCCGACGGCCAAUGGGAGAGUCUCCACCGCCUCCUUUCCUGUGAACCGAACCUUGCCAUGAAGAAGGAUUUUGUGACUGGAUUCACCUGCCUGCACUGGGCUGCCAAGCAAGGCAAACAAGAACUGCUGGCACUUAUCGUGAACUUUUCCAAACAACACACGGUGCCCAUCAACAUCAACGCCCGGUCAAGUGCCGGCUACACACCACUACAUCUGGCAGCAAUGCACAACCAUGUUGAAGUGGUGAAGUUACUGGUAGGAGCCUACGACGCAGACGUCGAGGCCAGAGAUUACAAUGGGAAAAGGGCGUGUCAGUAUCUUACGAGCAGCGUGGCCGUCGAUAUCCGUGACAUCAUCGGGGCGGGUGGUGUCGCCGACUCGGACUCAGAGAACACAGACUCUGGGGGGCAUUGGAGGUUGUCUAAAGUUCUCCAGUCUAAUCUGAUGCCCCUCAAACUGCACAGUCACUGUGAGGAGGACACAGGUGAUGGAGCAGGGCAGGCCAGACAGCAACCCUUGCGAAGGAAAUCAUCCCUUAGCAAGAUGAGGCCCAAACUUCAGAAGAUCCGCUUCAGAUCUUCGCAGAUAGUUCACAGCACUUCGUUCCCAGAACACUGUGAGACAGAGGAGCUUAACGGGUCCAGGAAAAGCUCAUUUAAAUCCAGACCCAUGUCAAAUCUGUUUGGCUGAAGAAUGGCCUCUUAAGUACACUCGACAAAGAGCAAAUAAACUACUACAGUGCAGGAUGACUGACACAAUGCGGUAUAGUCUGAUGUUACAAGUGUUUUUUUUUUUUUGUGGCAUAGGCCAAGUCUGGUGUUACACAUACUUAAGGGUUUUUACCCCAGGCAUUAUAUGAAUAUGCUGAACUAACAGAAUAUGGUAUUACAUGAUCUAUUGAGUAACUGGCCAGAUUGCUACCCCUGGUUAGGCUAAAUAUUUCUGUCUUAAUCCUCUUAUCAUGCCGAAGUAGCCAAGGAGGUUUUACAGUUUGUCUGCUUUAACCCUUAAUGUACAUGUAAAGCUGCCUGCAACCCACUGGGCAAAGAUGUCAGUUUAAUGUCUAGUUUUGAUUUACAUUUCGUAGAGUUUUUAACUAAUGUGAAUUCAAUGUGAAAUCGACAAAAGAUGACACCAUGUCAUUGGAUUUGGGUUCAAAUUUGGGUGAUUUUAAAAAUAUGAAAUGAUCUUCCAUUACUUUUUUUUCAUAUCCAAUCAGUUUUCCACGUUGAUUUGACGUCUUCAUAUUACAUUUUUUGGGGUUGAAAUGGCAUUGAAACAAGGUUGACUCAACCUGUUUUUGCCAAGUGGGAAGUGUUUAAACUCAAGUUAUUUGACCACAUGGUAGAAACAAUGUAAUUGAUUUCACAAUGCUUGGGAGCAAUUCUAUCGUAUUACUGUCAGACUGUUAGUGAUGCUAUGAAUUUAUUCUCCCUUUAUAUUUGAGUUGCUUUAAGCACUUUGAUUUUAAACGGUUAUUGAUCCAGCUUUCCUGCGGUGGAUGCCAUUCAGUCCACCUGAAAGACUUGAGAUGGGAAUUUACUUCCUCUUUGUGUUCAAGUGGAGGAUUGGAGGCCAAUGAAAAGGCCUCUGGUCCUUUAAGUCUGUAAUCAGGAUCAGUAGGGGAGCUUUAUGUGUCACAAGGUACGCUGUUGUUGAGUGUAUGGUAGGCCUGCUGUGUGUAGUGCUAUGAUGAAAGAUCAGGUCUCAUAACUAUUCACAGUCCACCUUGAAUUAUGCUAUGCAGUUAUACUCACUUUAUGACCUUCUGAUCAUAGCUCCUUAUUUUGAGUUGUCUAAGGUUGCAGUUGUCUGGUAUGAAGUUGUAGGCUACCCUCUGAUCUGUUACGCACCAGUGGUUUUAUAUCAACAAGCUCCAGCUUGCUGACCCAGGAGAGCCUCUACACACAAUACCCCAUAAUGAGAAUGUGAAAACUUGUUUUUAGAAAUGUUUGCAAAUAUAUUGAAAAUUUAAAUGCAUAAAUAUCUCAAUGACAAAAGUAUUCACACCCCUGAGUCAAUACUUUGUAGAAGCACCUUUGGCUGCGAUUACAGCUGUGAGUCUUUCUGGAUAAAUCUCUAAAGAGCUUUCCAGACCUGGAUUGUGCAACAUUUGCCCAUUUUAUUCUUAUCUAAAUUAUUCAAGCUCUGUUCAAAUUGGUUGUUGAUCAUUGCUAGACAACCAUUUUAAGGUCUUGCCAUAGUUUUGACUUAAAUCUACUUGAAAAACUAACUCGGCCACUCUGGAACAUCCACUGUCAUCUUGGUAAGAAACUCCAGUGUAGAUAUGGCCUUGUGUUCAAGUUUUUUUAAAACCUUUAUUUAACUAGGUAAGUCGGUUAAGAUCAAAUUCUUAUUUCAAUGAAGGCCUAACCCGGACGACGCUGGGCCAGUUGUGCGCCGCCCUAUGGGACUUCCAAUCACGGCCGGUUGUGAUACAGCCUGGAAACGAACCAGGGUCUGUAGUGACGUCUCUAGCACUGAGAUACAGUGCCUUAGACCGCUGUACCACUCGGGAGGUUAUUGUCCUGCUGAAAGGUGAAUUCAUCUCCCAGUGUCUGGUGGAAAGCUGACUGAACCAGGUUUUCCUCUAGGAUUUUGCCUGUGCUUAGUGCCAUUCCAUUCAUUUUAAUUUAAAAAAAUUAUCCUGAAAAAAUUGCCAGUCCUUAAUGAUUAUAAGCAUACCCAUAACAUGGUGCAGCCACAACUAUGCUUGAAAAUAUGGUGAGUGGUACUCAGUAAUGUGUUAUGUUUCAGGCAAAACCAAUAACACUUUGUAUUCAGGACAAAAUGUUAAUUGCUUAGCCAUUUUUUGCAGUAUUACUUUAGUACCUUGUUUAUAAACAGGAUGCAUGUUUUGGAAUAAUCUUUAUUCUGUACAGGCUUCCUUUUUAGACUGUAAAUUAGGUUAGUAUUGUGGAGUAUCUACAAUGUUUUUGAUCCAUGCUCAGUUUUCUCCUACCAACUCUUUAACCAUUUUAAAUUCACCAUUGGCCUCAUGGCGUAAUCCCUGAGUUUCCUUCCUCUCCGGCAACUGAGUUAGGAAGGUAUCUUUGUAGCGACUGGUUGUCUUGAUACACCAUCCAAAGUGUAAUUAAUAACUGCACCAUGCUCAAAGGGAUAUUCAAUGUCUGCUGUUUUAUUUUUACGCAUCUACCAAUAGGUUCCCUCAUAGCCGUGGGAAGUAAAGGUGCUGCAGCACCCCCUGAAAAAAUCGGAAUAAAAAUGUUAAAUAAUCAUUUUAAAAUAUAAUUUUUUGAAGAAAAAUGUAUUCUUCACAGAAGUGCACUUGGCCUUUAAUAGUCCUAUAUUAGCAGACUGAUAUAGCCUUCUGCAGUGCCAGUGCAGGCAAAAGUAUUUGUUUUUAUGCAAUGUUGCACUAUAUUCUAACACUUUUUUUUACCCUGCACUUUUGUUUUUUGCUAAUAUAACUGGAGUGUAUAUUUUUACAUAUUUAGCAAAUCAUUGUCUCACAUGUAUUAGUCUAAUUGUUUGUCUAGGUUAGAUUUAAGGCAUAGUACUUAUGGCAUGAACUGUUUUUGGGGAAUGUAAUGUUUUCUCAGUCAAUGGUUUUUAUUGCUGAAUAGCCUACAGUAAUGCUACAUAGUUUACAUCUGAUUUUGCUACUUGAUUUUAUUGUACAGUUUUGUAGUCUUGCAAAAUUAGCUCUUACCUUUUUUAUUAUGCAAUUUCUUUAUAUUUUUAAAUCAACCACCUGCUGCUAAUUAUGAUAUUCAAAGGGCUGGAACCGUGUUUCUCUUGUCUGUCUGUACAUUAUAUUAUUUUAUAGCCCUCGUUUCGAUUAUCAAACAAAAGAAUGUUAACAUACAAAAUCUGACACCUCACAAUCGUUUUAGGUCUAUGUUCAAUACUCUGUCUUCAAUAAUGUAUGCAAAGCUAAAGAUUGUGUGGUUUGCAUUUUUAUCAUUUGGAAACCUGAAAAUAGCUGUGUAGCAACACUCCACAUCAGACCUGACAGGGCUUGAGAGGAUUUGCAGAGAAGAAUGGGAGAAACUCCCCAAAUACAGGUGUGGCAAGCUUGUAGCGUCAUACACAAGAAGACUCAACGCUGACAAAGGUGCUUCAACAAAGUACUGAGUAAAGGCUCUGAAUACUUCUAUAAAUGUGCUAUUUCAGGUUUUUAUUUGUAAUACUUUUGCAAACAUUUCUAAAAACCUGUUUUUGCUUUGUCAUUAUGGGGAAUUGUGUGUAGAUUGAUGAAGGGAAAACGAUUUAAUCAAUUUUAGAAUAAGUCUGUAAUGAACAAAAUCUGGAAAAAGUCAAGGUGCCUGAAUGCACUUAUUUAUUUAUCUAUAUCUAUAUCUAUAUCUAUAUAUAUAUAUAUAUAUAUAUAUAUAUAUAUAUAUAUAUAUAUAUAUAUAUAUAUAUACUACCGUUCUAAAGUUUGGGGUCACUUAGAAAUGUCCAUGUUUUUGAAAGAAAAUUAUUUAUUUUUUGUCCAUUAAAAUACCAUUGUUGAUCAGAAA